AUGAUUUCGACCAGUGGAAUAUUCUAUUCAUCCAAUGCGAAAUAUCUUUUGGAAGUUCUCGUAAGAAUAUUUUAUAAAAAUUACUUUAUCCAAUAUUUAACUUUAGAAAUAAUUUAUUUAUCUGAAUUGAAUAUUUAUAGUGCUGCAGUACCAGAUCGCAUGCAUCAUUGCGAUCUUGGUUUAUUCAAUUAUCAAGUUAAUUUUGCUAGAAAUUAUAUUCAAUUAUAUUGUAGGAAAGAUGGAAUUAAUGAAUUUGAUAAACAUUUGGCAAAGAUCCCACGUUUUCCCGAGCUAAAGAUUUUUAAGAGUGGUCUUGGUAAUAUUGCACGUUUUACAGCAGCAGAAUUUCGAAAUAUGAUGAAACAAUUGGUCUUUGUUAUUGAUGGUCUAAUUGUUGCAAAACGCAAAUCAAAUUUAAGUUUAUUUCAAGCAAAACAACAUGAUUCUAAGCUUGUAGAUUUAUUUGUAUUCUGGAAUAGAAUGUAUAUUUUUAGCCGUAAGGAUACUUUUACAGAUUCAGAACUUGAUAACUUUCAGAAAAUGAUUAUUGAUUGGGCAAAUAAAUUUAUUAAUUUAUUUACACCAAUUGCAGAUACUGAAAUGAAAUACCCAAAACUACACAAUUGGCAACAUCACAUUAUUGAUGCUAUACGAAACUAUGGUACAAUUAAUGGUUUCACGACUGAAACUUAUGAGUCGUUACAUAAAUUUUAUAUUAAAGCUCCAUAUAGAAUGUCCAAUCGGCGGGAUGCAACUUCACAAAUAAUUAAUUUGAAACAUCGUCAAAUUAAAACAUUAGGUGGAAUUGAGGGCAGCUUUACAUUAGAUACCUUUAAUGACUUUGUUGAUGAAUAUAGAACUACUCACUUUUUAGCAUUAGAAGCUGAAAAAGCAUUUGAAGUAUUAAUUGACUCAUUAAAUCAAUAUUUUGAUCUUAUCGAAAAUAUUACUGAUAAAGAUGUUGAAGCAACAAUUAUUAAGUGGUAUACUAGUGCAUUUAUUAGAGAAGUUGAUACUAUACGAGCUAAAAGCAAUUAUUACAAUGCACCUGCUUUUAGUGAUAUUGCAAUUAAUAUGAACGAAGAGGAGGCUGAAAAAUAUAAUACAAUUGAUGGAAUUUUAAUGUUAUUUGGAUUAAAAAUUCCCGGUCAUGAUGAACAAGAAUUGGCAUUAGUUCAUUGGUAUAAUUUUAAAUACAAUGACUUACACCGCUUAUUUAAAUAUGAUUGUCCAUACGUAAAACGUAUUCCAAUGUUUACUGUUAUAGCAAUUGAAUCUAUUAUUGAACCUGUUCACAUUAUUCCAUGUUUCAAUAAAACAAAUGAAUAUUUUGUAAAUUAUUUUAUUUUUUAAAUAUAGUUCAUCUAUUUUUUGAGAUUAGUUAGGUACUGUAUAUUUUUCUUUUUUGUAUUUGUUUCUUGUGUUUUAUUUUCUUACUAACUUAUUUUAUUUCUUUUAUUCUUUAACUUUAUGGGUUUUGUUCUUUAUGGAAUUAUGGUUUUC